AUGUGUCAAAUCAAGGAAGCGGAACUCAAGACCUUUGGUAACGUCCAAGUGGUUUACGAAAUUUCCGCAGCUUACACCAGUUCUCUUUUCAUCAAUUUGCAGAAGACAACGUUUCGUUCUAAAUUUGUGUGCGAUGAGGGUGGCUCUCCGACUGGUGGUUCAGGCCUAAGCACAGGCAGUGUCCUGCUGAUAGUGUUCUUUGUUCUGCUUUUUGUUUAUCUCAUUGCCGGUUUGUUGUAUAAUAAAUACCGUAAGGGUGUACAGAGCCUGCCUGAAAUGGUUCCAAAUUACUCUUUCUGGGCAGAUUUUCCAUUCUUGGUCAAGGAUGGCUGUGUCUUUACAUUUCAAGGGAUGGCUGCUUGUUGCAAAAGGUUGUGCAUGAAAAUGAAAGGAGACUCGUACGCCUCAAUAUAGUCAUUCUGUAAUUGCUUCGUGGUUCGUGGUUAAAACAACACAAACAAACAAGAAGUAAGAAAAAAACUCCCGCAGAAUAAGCCAUAUUCGUAUUCUCGGAAUUGGACUGGAACUAGCUUGCAAUGGAG